AUGUGGGUCAUUGUUUCUCCAACCUAAGUAGCCAUGACAGCCACCUGGAGUGCUUGUUAAAAUACAGAUUUCCAGCCUCUAAUCCAGACUUCUUGAACCAGAAUCUCUGAAAGUGAGGCCUGAGAAUUUUUCUUCUUUUUUCCCCUCUUUCAUUUGUGAACCCUGGGUGAGUCUUCUGAGAGAUAAUUUUAGGUAAUGCCAGUACAGAGAAUGUACUUUCUUUUGAGGGUUUCAACUGGAUUUCUGUAGGCAUGAUAUUUUAAUCCAGCUACUCAUAUUUCUUUGCCUUAUUUCUAAAACAAUUCAGGCCUGAGGACUUGCGUCGUGAGUUUGGUCGGUAUGGCCCUAUAGUAGACGUUUACAUUCCACUUGACUUCUACACCCGCCGCCCAAGAGGAUUUGCUUAUGUUCAAUAUCCUUUAUUUUACUCUGUGCAUUUGAAUAUACUACAUACAUGUGCAAAUUACAUAUAUGUAUUCAGGAGCAUAUGUUAUGAGAUUAAUAUUGCCUAAUUAAAUGUGUUUAUUUCUUUAUCUCAGAAAAUCUAAAGCAGUCCACUGUAGCUGGCAAGAGCCCCCCAGUUUGAACCAACCUGUUAGCUAGAAUCGAGCAUAAACCGAGCAGGCAAGACAAAAGGCACCUAAAGUUCAAGCAUCAAGGAGUAAAGAGGGAGGGUGGACACAGAUAAAGACCUGGAAGAGGGAAGUCUUUAUCAAGCAAAAGACAAAGCCAACACCAGGUUGAGACUUCGGCUUUCCUACAUUUACUCAGAGUUCCAGAGUCAAAGCCAAGUCUGAUUUUGUUGGUUUCUUCGUCUCUUAUAAAGUCCAUCUUGCAAGCCUUAAAGAGUAAAGGUCAAGGUUCAAGAUCAAGUGACAUUGAGUGUCCUUAACAGCUAGUCAUAUUUGAAGAUGUUCGAGAUGCUGAAGAUGCUCUUUAUAACCUCAAUAGAAAAUGGGUAUGUGGCCGUCAAAUUGAAAUACAGUUUGCACAAGGUGACCGCAAAACACCAGGCCAAAUGAAAUCAAAAGAACGUCACCCUUGUUCUCCAAGUGACCAUAGGAGGUCAAGAAGCCCCAGCCAACGGAGAACUCGAAGUAGAAGUUCUUCAUGGGGAAGAAAUAGGAGGCGGUCUGAUAGCCUUAAAGAGUCUCGACACAGGCGACUUUCUUAUAGCCAGUCUAAAUCUCGCUCCAAGUCACUACCAAGGCGGUCUACCUCAGCAAGGCAGUCAAGAACUCCAAGACGGAAUUCUGGUUCUAGAGGACGGUCAAGGUCCAAGUCCUUAGAAAAAAGAUCAAAAUCAAUAGGAAAAUCACAAUCAAGUUCACCUCAAAAGCAGACUAGUUCAGGAACAAAAUCAAGAUCACAUGGAAGACAUUCUGACUCCAUAGUAAGAUCCCCAUGUAAAUCUCCUAAAGGGUAUACCAAUUCUGACACAAAAGCACAGACAGCAAAACACUCUCAUUUUCGAUCACAUUCCAGAUCUCGGAGUUAUCGUCAUAAAAACAGUUGGUGAACAACAAGAGAAGAGUGCAAGAUAGUCUUUAAUCUAAGUUAUUAAACCUCUCAUUAUGUUAAAUAAAAAUUCUUCAAGGCUUACAGAAAAUGUGAGUUAAUAUUAGUUACCUCUGGGCAUGUACAAGAAACAAAACCUCUCUAGCUUUGAGUUAAUAAAGAUUUGGCCUCCAUUUAAGGGCCCACACCACAAAUUUUGAUGUCUAAUGUUACCAUUUUUAUGGACCAUUUUUGUUUACAUUGUGGCAGAAGGGUACUUUUCAAAGGAAAUGGGUAAAAUGGAACUAACUUAGAAAAUUCUACUUUGAUAUAAGUACAGUAGUCCCCCCCUUCUCCAUGGAGAUAUGUUCAAAACCCUCCUUGUUGGAUGCUUGAAACCACAGAUUGUACCAAACUCUAUAUAGACUGUUUCCCUCUAUACACACAUACCUAUGAUCAUGAUUAAUUUAUAAUUAAGCGUGGUAAGAUAUAAACAAUAAUAAAAUAGACAUAAUAAUAUACUAUAAUAAAAGGUAUGUGAAUGUGAUCUCUCAAAAUAUUGUACUGGCCUCACUCUUGUGAGAUUACAAUGCCUACAUGAUGAGAUGAAGUACUCAGAACUGCAUGCAAUUUAAAACUUAGGAAUUGUUCAUUUCUGGAAUUUUCCAUUUAAUAUUUUUAGAUCACAGUUGAUCAUGCAUAACUGAAACCGUGGAAAGGAAAACCACAGAUAAGGGGGGACUACUGUAUUAGUAAUAUUAAUAAUACCUUUUACAAAAAUAUUUUUUACUUUAAAUCACUUUCAUGUAAAAAGUAAUUAUGACUAUAUCAUUGCAUAGGGGAGACUUAAACUGUUUGACACCUAUGUCUCUUUUGUGUCUUCUGUUUAAACUUGGGCCAAUUCUCGGUGGAGAUUAGUUCAUAUUACAAAAUUCUGACAUCCCUAAAAGUUGAAUUUAUAUAGAGAUCAAUCAUUCAAAAGAUAGAUUCUCUCCUAAGCUUAAAAAAGGUUUUAUUUUUAUUGGGUGGAAAAGCAUAGGUAAGUUGACAUUAAAUUGCAUCCUGUACUAUAUUCAGUCACUUCAGAAAUAGCAAAACAUUUUUUGAAUACUGAAUUUUGAAUGGUUUGAGACUACUAUAAAAAUUGUGGGCAACACUCAUAGUCCAAAAAUAAUCAUAUUAAGCCUUAUCUCUUUAAAGAGUGGUACCCAUUGUAUAAAAAUAAUAUUUUAUAACAUUAUUUCUACAUACCUACUUUUCAUCUACUGCUUAAUUUUUUUCUUUUUAGAGCCUUUAAAUUGUAUAGAGUAUGUCUUACUACUUUUGGAAGUGUUUAGUUGUAUUAAGAAACUCAAGACUGCAUCCUCAAAAACAAUCCAGUAUUUGUAUUUACAUUACACUGCCCUUCGUUUUUUAAACCAAAUAACUUUAUUGCUAUUCAUUGCUUUUGUAGUUGUUAAAAAUGAGAAUUUCUUUAAAAUGUGUUUGUAGUUUAUGUUUUUCAGAGGGUUUUGGUAGUAUUUGUGAUAAAUAUGAUUCUUAUAGGGGAUAUAUUUAUAGAGUUCUACUUGUGUACCUUGUUGAAUUACAUUGAAAAUUAAAAAGUUUUCAGCGCAUACAGUUAAUAUUUGUAUCUAGAGUGCUUAAGAAAAAAAUCUGUCUUAUAGGUUUAGCAUAUAGAAGCCAGUGUUGCUUCUAUUUGUUUUGAAUACAAAUUCCAUUUUUCUUUGCAUUUUAGAUCCUAUGUGUAAGAAACAACUUUACAAAAUGAUUUAUAUACUUGUAAUAUUUGGGCAAGUACCACAAAUUCAUGUAUACUGUACUUCCUGAGUAGAAUUUCUCUAAUCAUAGCAGGAGUUACUUCAGUACUACAGCUCUUUGAAGUUCAUGUUCAUUUGUAAUAAAAUUUAGUUUCAAAAUUAUGUGGCACUAUUGAAAAUUUAAAAGAUAGUCUGAAAAAAGAGCAAGACAUAGUAACUUUUUAUAUUUUCUAAAUAAAUGUUUGGGUUUACAUAUACAAGGAUACCAAAUACAAGGAUUUGAUUGUAGUGUCUUUACUAAGCAUUUAGCCAUUAUUUUAAUAAUUUGAUAAGGCAAUGUUUCUGAACAUGCUGAAUCCUUAGAUUUACAUCUCAUUUGGUUUUCCAAAUUGUGAUCCCUAGGCUGGUUAGGAGGAUGCUAUUUGGUUUGAUGGAAAAACUGGAAUGAUAGUAGUUCAAACUUUUUUAAGUAUAUAACUAUGCGCUUGGCACUGUUCUGUAAGUUUUACAUUAUUCCCUCAUCACCACAAUAGCUUUAUGAGGUAAAUACCACUGCAGAUACAGAAGUGAGAUGCAGAGAAGUUAAAGGACAUGCAUAAGGUCAAUAGCUAUUAAGACUUUGGAGCUGGCGGGUGACUGGGCUCUAGACUGCCUCUCCCUGACUACUAUGCUUUGCCUUUUUGGAAUAGAAUAGUCUUUGACAGAUAUAUGCUAAACUAAGGUAAUGUUUAGAUGGAAAAGAGAAU